CACACACACACACACACAGCAGCAGCUCCUUUAUUUCAAACUACCAAUUAGAUACUUAUAGACAUUAUAGCGUCAGCAGCUCCUCCUCCUGCCAUCAGGUAGAGCUGAUGUUUCCUCUUCAUCAGGUAGAGCUGAUGUUUCCUCUCCAUCAGGUAGACCUGAUGUUUCCUCUUCAUCAGGUAGAGCUGAUGUUUCCUCUUCAUCAGGUAGAGCUGAUGUUUCCUCUUCAUCAGGUAGACCUGAUGUUUCCUCUCCAUCAGGUAGACCUGAUGUUUCCUCUCCAUCAGGUAGAGCUGAUGUUUCCUCUCCAUCAGGUAGAGCUGAUGUUUCCUCUUCAUCAGGUAGACCUGAUGUUUCCUCUCCAUCAGGUAGACCUGAUGUUUCCUCUCCAUCAGGUAGAGCUGAUGUUUCCUCUUCAUCAGGUAGACCUGAUGUUUCCUCUCCAUCAGGUAGACCUGAUGUUUCCUCUUCAUCAGGUAGACCUGAUGUUUCCUCUCCAUCAGGUAGACCUGAUGUUUCCUCUUCAUCAGGUAGACCUGAUGUUUCCUCUCCAUCAGGUAGACCUGAUGUUUCCUCUUCAUCAGGUAGAGCUGAUGUUUCCUCUUCAUCAGGUAGAGCUGAUGUUUCCUCUUCAUCAGGUAGACCUGAUGUUUCCUCUCCAUCAGGUAGACCUGAUGUUUCCUCUUCAUCAGGUAGAGCUGAUGUUUCCUCUUCAUCAGGUAGACCUGAUGUUUCCUCUUCAUCAGGUAGACCUGAUGUUUCCUCUCCAUCAGAUAGAGCUGAUGUUUCCUCUUCAUCAGGUGGAGCUGAUGUUUCCUCUCCAUCAGGUAGAGCUGAUGUUUCCUCUCCAUCAGGUAGAGCUGAUGUUUCCUCUUCAUCAGGUAGAGCUGAUGUUUCCUCUUCAUCAGGUAGACCUGAUGUUUCCUCUUCAUCAGGUAGAGCUGAUGUUUCCUCUUCAUCAGGUAGACCUGAUGUUUCCUCUCCAUCAGGUAGAGCUGAUGUUUCCUCUUCAUCAGGUAGACCUGAUGUUUCCUCUCCAUCAGGUAGAGCUGAUGUUUCCUCUUCAUCAGGUAGACCUGAUGUUUCCUCUCCAUCAGGUAGAGCUGAUGUUUCCUCUUCAUCAGGUAGAGCUGAUGUUUCCUCUCCAUCAGGUAGAGCUGAUGUUUCCUCUCCAUCAGGUAGAGCUGAUGUUUCCUCUUCAUCGGGUAGAGCUGAUGUUUCCUCUCCAUCGGGUAGAGCUGAUGUUUCCUCUUCAUCGGGUAGAGCUGAUGUUUCCUCUCCAUCGGGUAGAGCUGAUGUUUCCUCUCCAUCGGGUAGAGCUGAUGUUUCCUCUUCAUCGGGUAGACCUGAUGUUUCCUCUCCAUCAGGUAGAGCUGAUGUUUCCUCUUCAUCAGGUAGACCUGAUGUUUCCUCUCCAUCAGGUAGACCUGAUGUUUCCUCUUCAUCAGGUAGAGCUGAUGUUUCCUCUCCAUCAGGUAGAGCUGAUGUUUCCUCUUCAUCAGGUAGACCUGAUGUUUCCUCUUCAUCAGGUAGAGCUGAUGUUUCCUCUUCAUCAGGUAGAGCUGAUGUUUCCUCUUCAUCAGGUAGAGCUGAUGUUUCCUCUUCAUCAGGCUCCCUUUCCUAAAUGUUAACCUUAUCUCCAGCUGUAGUGUUCCCUAAAGUGGCAGUAUUCACAGGACAAGCAACAGGCUUAUUAAAACACUGAAAUGGUUUCAUUUAGCUUUGCUUUCUUUUUCUUAUUUUUUCUCCACUGACUGAUGUUGGGUCAUUAGAAGUUCUAGACUCAUGUCCCUCUUCUUCUAAGCCAGGGGUAUUCAGCUAAAAUUCAGAGAGGUCCAGUCAGCAAAGGUCCAGAACAUCAUAAUGUCUAACUUGAGUUACUGUGAUAUAUGCUGAUGUAACCUGGUAGUUUUAUUAGAGUCUGCCUGUAAUCAAAA